AUAAUCCGUGUUCAGAGAGGAGUUUCAGCAGAAAACAGUUGGCAGAUUGUGAGGCGAUACAGUGACUUCGACUUGCUUAAUAAUAGCUUGCAGAUCUCAACUUUAAGUCUACCUCUUCCUCCAAAAAAAUUGAUUGGAAAUAUGGAGCGUGAAUUCAUAGCUGAAAGACAGAAGGGACUCCAGGCCUAUCUCGAUGUAAUUACUACCCAUCACAUACUGUCUAACUGUGAACUGGUAAAAAAAUUCUUGGACCCAAACAGCUAUUCUGUAAACUACACUGAAAUUGCCUUACAGCAUGUUUCAAUGUUCUUCCGAUUAGAGCCAAAGUGGGAAGUGGUAGAACCAUUAAAAGAUAUAGGUUGGCGAAUACGUAAGAAAUAUUUCUUAAUGAAGAUUAAGAAUCAACCAAAGGAACGGCUAAUGUUAAGCUGGGCUGAUCUUGGCCCUGAUAAAUACUUGUCUGACAAAGACUUACAGUAUGCUGUGAAACUUCUUUCUUCCUGUUCUCAUCCCUAUAUUUACAAAAUCACUUUUGCCACUGCCAAUGAAUCUUCAGCGCUGGUUAUUAGACCAUUCAGUGAAAAAGGGACGCUAAAGGACCUUAUUUAUAAGGCAAAGCCAAAAGACCCAUUCCUGAAGAAGUAUUGCAAUCCUAAAAAAAUUCAAGGUCUUGAACUUCAGCAAAUAAAAACAUAUGGAAGACAAAUAUUAGAGGUGUUAAAAUUCUUGCAUGAGAAAGGAUUUCCUUACGGCCAUCUUCACUCUGCCAAUGUGAUGUUGGAUGGGGACACCUGCAAGUUACUGGAUCUAGAAAAUUCCUUGUUGGGACUUCCAUCAUUUUAUCGAUCAUACUUUUCACAGUUUCGGAAAAUUAAUACUUUAGAAGGUGUUGAUGUACACUGCUUUGGACACUUACUGUAUGAAAUGACAUAUGGAAGACCCCCAGAUACGAUUCCAGUAGACAGCUUCCCUCCUGCACCAUCAGUGUUUGUUGUGUCUGUGUUGGAAUCCAUUCUGACCUCUGAAGCUAUGAAGAAUGGCAUGCCAACUGUUUCACGGCUCUUACAGAUGCCAUUAUUCAGUGAUGUCCUGCUAACGAAUUCAGAGAAACCACAGUUUAAGAUUCCUACUAAGCUAAAAGAGGCAUUGAAAACCUUCAAGGAAUGCAUAGAAAAACGAUUAACAGAAGAACAGAAAUUGAUUCACCAGCACAGAAGGCUGACAAGAGCUCAAUCUCAUCAUGGCUCAGAAGAAGAAAAAAAGAAAAGGAAGAUCUUGGCACGAAAGAAGUCAAAACGCUCUGCCUAUGAAAGUGGGGAAGAACACUCAGCAAAAUACAGCAACUCAAAUAACUCAGCAGGCUCUGGGGCGAGUUCCCCCUUAACAUCUCCAUCAUCUCCCACUCCGCCCUCUACAGCAGGAGCAUCAUCAAUACCCCCAGCACCGCCACCGCCGCCCCUGCCACCAGCAGCUCCUCCUCCGAGUACAGAGGUGCCAACACAGCCAAACCCGCAGGCCGAUGUCAGUGCAAGCCGAGGAGCCUUACUCAGCUCCAUUCAAAACUUUCAGAAAGGAACUCUGAAGAAGACACAAACUUGCGACUACAGUGCUCCCAGGAUCAGCUGAGGCCGCUGGUCACGCCAGGAUUGAAUUCCCUCUCCCCCUCCUGUGCCGUCCAGAAAUGAGGCCCUCCUGACCGGCAACCGAUCCACCAGCAUAGUGGCUAAUCACGCCGCAGCUCCGUUUACCCCUAUUUCAGCUUUCCUUGAGUAGCAGCACUACCCUGUCUGAUUUGUGGUGCCAUGCGAAGUACUCCGUUCUUUACUUGGUUUCAAGAACUUUGUUCUCUAGCUACAGUUUCAGGGGUAAAGCAACUUCUAUAUAGCUGAAUAAAAAUCUGAAAGUAGGA